AUGCUUUCCUCACCUGUGAUGAGGCUUACAACCACCACCCUCCCUCUCGAGGUCGACGUCGCUCCGGAGUUGGCCGACAUACACGAGGAGCUGGCGCCUCUUCUACGCCUCUCCGGCAUAUGCGCUGUGAGUAGUAGCAGCAGCAGCAGCAGCAUCGCUGCAGGGCCUAACGGCACCAGCUCCGGGGUCGGGGUGAGCAACGGAGGCCUCUCCAGUAGUGAGGAGGAGGAGCUGCGUGGCAGACGCAGCCCAGCCGCAUCCCCUGUGCGCGCCGCUGAGAAUAAGCUAGCCGAGCUCAUGGCCCCGGUAACGGUGACGUUGCCGCCUCCCAUGUCCGACGAAGAUGUUGCUGCCAUUGCUCAUUAUGUGCACUGCUUUCAUCUGCAGGAGGCGUACGAGUGUGCCUACAUCGCUCUCAUCUUCCAAGAGUACAAGAAGCGGAAGGCUGUGGAGCAAAAGUGGGCUGGCGAUUUGGAGGCAUUGUGGAGUGAACUGAAGCGACUGCGGCAGGAGGAGCUCUCGCCUGAGGUACGUGCUUCCAUGCGUGUCAUCGUGUCCAACGAAGCAGCAGGCCGGACGGCUGUUGAGGAAGCGUACGAAAAGUUCCUGAAGUGGAUUGAGGAAACGACGCCGCAAUGGAUCGAUGCUGCGCAGCGGCAGGAGCAGCAGCGGGUGGAGAAUGAGAGGGCGAAGGCGGCGGCUAUGGAAGCCGCGCGAGAGGCAUUGACGCAGGAGCUAGCCAUCGGACGACACCUUGGCGACGUGAGCGGCUGCACCUCACCCCCGAGUGUCGGCGUGGUGACUGGCCUGAACGAGGACGGCAUGCUCUCGUAUGAGCCGGCUGUCCCCGUGGAUACACAGAUGCAGGCAUCCCACGAUACCACUGAGAAACUUUCUCCCACGGAGCUGCGCCGCAAGGCCAUUCGCAUGCUGGAGGCCGAGGAAGCGGAGAUGAGGCGCCGCCGCGAGGAGCAGCUGCGCCUGCUGCGCGUGCAGGAAGAGCAGAUGCGUGCAGAGAUGGCACUCAAGGCACAGCACAAGCAGGCGGAGGCUGAGCGACGCGAACGUGAGGCCGCGCAGAAACAGAAGGACGAACUGGCGCAGCGGUACGAUGCCCUGCUGCAAGAGGAGUUCACCUUGCAGAGCCGGAUACGGGAGCGAAAGGAAGCAGAGGCGCGGCAGGAGGCGGAGCGGCGUGCAAAGUUAACACAGGUGAUGACCGAAGAGGAGCAGCUGCGGCGGCGUAUACAAGAGGCAGAAGACCGCCGUAAGGCAUCGGAGGAGGAGGCGGCGCGGGUGACACGGGAGAAGAAGAUGCGCGAGGUACGCGAGGAGGAGGAGCUGCUGCGGCAGCGCAUCGCGGAGCGCACGGCAGCCACAGAGGCGGAGCGGCUCCAACGCGAAGCCGAGGCCCGCAUUCACGCGGAGGUGGAAGCGGUGCGCGCUCAACAAGAAGAGGCACUUCGUCAGGCGAGAGCGCAGCAGGAGGAGAGGGAGAAAAAACAGCAGCUUGCCUACUUGCGUGAUCAGGAGGAGGCGUACAAACGGCGCAUUCGAGAGAAGGAGCUCGCCGAGAUUGAAGAGAAGCGACGUGCCGCAGAGUUACAGUGGCAGCACACAGCAGCAGUCACGUCCGCCUAUGCCGGCCACUCGGUGCCCUCCACUUCAACCACCCCACUCGCCUUACCGUCAGCGGCCGUCCUUUCAGCGCCGUACGUGGUGCCGCCGCAGGUUUCCAUGAGCUCGUACGUUCCUGUCAUGCCCUCUCAUGCCUACCAGCCAAUGCCGGCGGCACCUGUACCCUCUGCGGUGGCGCCUGCUGGAUGCUACCUCUACACCAACCCAUUGACAGCAGGUGUGCCAGUAGUGGGAGUGCCGCCGUACUUGCCGACGGCUCAACAGUAUCCUCAGCCCUACCCAACCGCUACCGGUGGGUACUACCCGGGCGUACCGCAUGGCGGUGCUCCGUCAGGGGUGAUGGCGAUGCAGGCGUCGCCGCACGCACCUACGGCCAUGCAUACUCUCUGA